AAGAGGAUAGUGAUGAAGAAGAUGAAGGGCCUUUUUGAGGGUCUUCUUAUUUAACAACAACCUUUUUCCAACUUUUACCAAAUCUACCCCUCAGACCUUGUCUUUGGAUUGGAUUUGGAUUUCCUCACACUUAACCAACAGCUUUCCUCACCCCUCUCUUCCAAACUAAAUUCCCAUCUACAUGAACCAAUCAAACAAACAUACACAUCUCCUUCUCUGUUCUUCAUCAUCAUCUUCUACUUCUUCUUUAUUGCCUUUUGGGACCAGUUUCUCUGUGUCUAUCUCAUCCUCAUUCCUUUUAUCCCCAAAUCACCAUCUUUCUUGAUCUGGGUUUUCUGUUUCCUGCUCUCAAUCCCCAUUUUUAUUGAGCAAAAACUCAUCUCAUCACAAGGUGAAGGAUAUCUUCACUGAUUCACUGCAGAGGCUCUUCUCAUAUCUCACAUGAAUCCAUCACUGGUACUGUAAAAGUUUCUUGAUCGCUGCAAGCAUGGGUAGGGGUAAAGGAAAAGGGAAGAAGUUUGCUUUAACCAACAACGAUGAUCCUGGAAGCGGGGAAGACGAGAAAAUUCCUGUGCAGAAGCGAAGGGGAAGGCCACAGAAGCCAUUGGUGGAUGAAACAGAUGAAUAUGUUGAGAAGAUAGAAGAAGAAGAUGAUGAUGAGAAUGUGAAUGGGAAGAAAAGAAAAAGGAACAAACCGGCAAAGGAAAAGGGCGAGUUAGCGAAAGAGGAAAGCCCGAAUGGCACCAGAUCCAACGGUUUUCGCCAUAAUGGGAGCCGGAGAAAAAACAAACCUCAUCGAGCAGCGGAAGCUGGUGUCGAAUGCAAGUAGCAGGAAUGAACCAUUUGAGGCCUAAUGUUUUUCUAUUAAUGUUUUGUGUUGAGUUUGAUGGAUUAGAAGGCAAUGGCCUUUGAUACAUUUGAGGCUAGAAAUAGUUUCUUGCAUCAUAUGUGUAUUACAUGUGUAUCACAUGUGUUGGCUACAAUGGGAAUGUACCCAUUUAUCUCUUUUGGUAUUUUGCUUCCAAAAUUGUUGUGAAUGUAUGGUUGAUGUUGUUCCAAAUGAAAUCUGACUUAGACC